GACGACAACAAUAGACAGUCGAGUAGCCGUGCAGUGAGGUCCUGCUAGAAAAUCUCCACGUCUGGCCUUUUAAACUGCUUGUCACGCAAACCUUUUUGGUUUAGGAGUCUAAGUAGGCGGAUAAAUGUCUGAAGCAUCAGAACUUCCUAAAAAAGAAGAAGAAGAGGAAGAGGUCACUUCCGAACCAGAGGAUCAAUCCGACGACAGCAGUGACGACGAGGCUGCGGGAGAAAACCAAAUGGACUUCCUGCGCAACCUCUUCUCCAGCACUCUGGGCCUCGGCUCAGCAGAGAAAGUUUUGGAUGAGCUGACUCUGGAAGGAGUGGCGAGAUACAUAAAGAGCGGCAAAUGUGAGUCCUCCUUCAGUGCCAUCAUGUGGGAGGAAGCGUUAGACAGGUUUCUGUCCCUGAGGCGGUGCCAGGGCGCUCCUCAUGAGCCCACCAUGAUGAAAGAGCCUGUGUGCCCGAGUCCAUUCGUCUACGUGACUCACGUGCGAAUCGACUUCCCGGGACCAGCUGAUGGACCGCGGCACUGCCGAGCCGCUUGGAUCCUGCUGACCGUUGUUGUGAUCUUCCGGAUCCUCAUUGUGGCCAUUGUGGGGGAGACGGUGUACGAGGACGAGCAGACCAUGUUCAUCUGUAACACUCUGCAGCCCGGCUGCAAUCAGGCCUGCUACGACAAAGCCUUCCCCAUUUCCCACAUCCGCUACUGGGUCUUCCAGAUCAUACUGGUGUGCACGCCCAGCCUCUGCUUCAUCACCUACUCUGUCCACCAGUCUGCCAAGCAGAGAGACCGACGCUACUCUUUUCUCUACCCCAUAAUGGAGAGGGACUACGGGGGCAGAGAUGGGGCACGAAAGCUCCGCAACAUCAAUGGGAUUCUAGUCCAGCAUGGCGGAGACGGCGGAGGAGGGAAGGAAGAGCCUGACUGCCUGGAGGUGAAGGAGAUCCCCAAUGCCCCUCGGGGCCUCACCCACGGGAAGAGUUCCAAGGUUCGCCGGCAAGAGGGGAUCUCUCGCUUCUACAUAAUUCAGGUGGUAUUCCGAAACGCGCUGGAGAUCGGUUUCUUGGCCGGGCAGUACUUCCUUUACGGCUUCAGUGUGCCUGGGAUUUUUGAGUGCGACCGCUACCCGUGUCUCAAGGAGGUGGAGUGCUACGUGUCACGGCCGACGGAAAAAACGGUCUUCUUGGUGUUCAUGUUUGCCGUGAGCGGCAUCUGCGUGGUGCUCAAUCUGGCCGAGCUCAACCACCUGGGCUGGCGCAAGAUCAAGGCCGCCAUCAGGGGCGUGCAAGCCCGCAGGAAGUCCAUCUGCGAGAUCAGGAAGAAGGAUAUGGCACAUCUGUCCCAGCCGCCCAACCUGGGCCGCACACAGUCCAGCGAAUCAGCCUAUGUCUGACGAUGAAGCCAAGACAAGGAGGAGGAGUAGAAUGAAUGUGUGAGAGGGCGAAUAAAUUACUACUUUCAUUAAAUGGAGACGGUUGAAGGAGAUGACCUGUUUCUCUGAGACGAUGGUAUGAAACAGAAUGUAAAAAAGACCAAACCUCUGGCUCCAUGACUCAAGAGAGGAG